AGCCAAAUAACUAAAAUAGAAGAGGAUUGUAGAAAAGUAGGGAGAUAUUUAUUACACUCACGUGUAGCAUCGGGAAAUUUUGUCAUAAAGAAGAUUGAAGAGGUGGUGAAGCUUAAGGAGAAAGGUCGAUUUUCAGAAGGGUUACUUGCUGAUCUAUUACCUGAAAUGAGAAUUAUGCCGACGACGAAACUGGUGGGUAGAACGACAGCUGAAAGAAAUUUGGAACAGAUUUGGGAGUCAUUAAUGGACCAUGAGGCCAGAAUUAUUGGUGUCUAUGGUAUGGGGGGCGUGGGCAAAACCACCAUCAUGAGACACAUUUACAAUAGAAUAAAGAGCCAAAAAAUUUGGGUGACGGUUUCUAAUGAUUCUAGUAUUGAGAGAUUGCAAAAUAGCAUUGCACAAGCAAUAGGAUUGGAUCUUUCCAAUGAACACGAUGAAAUGAGAAGGUCCAUGAAAUUGUUCGAGGCUUUGAAGCGUAGGGAGAAGCUCAUUGUCAUCUUUGAUGAUGUGUGGGAUUCAUUUCCAUUGGAAAUGGUAGGGAUUGCCGAGGACAUGGCAUGCAAAAUAGUAUUGACUACUCGAUCAAAAAAUGUGUGCCGAGCUAUGAACUGCCAAAAAACGUUUGAAGUGAAGGUUCUCUCGACAGAAGAAGCAUGGGAAUUAUUUAAGGAAAAGCUUGGAGUUAAUGCGGUGCUUUCUUCUGAGGUAGAACAGAUUGCGAAGCUUGUCACUAAAGAAUGUGCUGGUUUGCCACUUGGAAUCAUCACAGUAGCAAGUGCAAUGAGAGAAAAGAAUGAUAUUAGAGAAUGGAGAAAUGCAUUAGAGGAGUUACAAUGCUCAACGAUGGAUAUCGAAGGCAUGGAUGAUAAAGUUUUUCGAAUUUUGAAAUUUAGUUACGAGCGAUUAAAAAAUGAGAAGAUUCAAUCUUGUUUCUUGUAUUGUGCUUUGUUUCCAGAGGACUAUGAAUUCUCUCCUAAAAAGUUGGUAAGGUAUUGGAUGGCAGAAGGAUUGAUAGAUGAUAUGGGAGACUGGGGAAAGGAAAUUGACAAAGGACACACAAUAUUAAAUGGACUGAUAGAUGUUUGUAUGUUGGUAAGGAGGUCUCCUUCUUGUGUAAUAAUGCAUGAUUUAAUAAGAGAUUUGGCCAUUAGUAUUACAAGGAAGAGCCCUCGGUUUGUGGUCAAGGCUGGGAUCCAAAUAAGGAGAUCAAUUGGUACAGAAGAAUUCCCUGAAGAUGCUGACAGAAUAUCAUUUAUGAGAAAUGUUGGGGGCAAAAAUACAAGGUCCAGGAGGACGAACCAGACAAUUGCAUCAACAAGAAAUAAAAUUGAAAUGCUUUCAGGCGAACCAAACUGCCCAAAACUCUCCACAUUGUUGUUGAGAGAGAAUCUUCUCUGGGGCAACAUUUCUCAUGAGUUCUUUAAUCGCAUGAACAGCCUCAGAGUUCUCGACCUCUCUGACACUCAGAUUAAGUAUUUGCCAGCAUCAGUUUCAAACUUGGAGAACCUGCAUGCACUCUUACUAAAUAGAUGUAGAAGGUUAAGGGAGGUACCGUCCUUAGCAAAGCUCAAGCGUCUAAGAAUUUUGAACCUCUUUGAUACUGACAUCAAAGAAGUGCCAGAUGGUAUGGAAUGUUUGGUUAACCUUAAACAGCUUUAUGUUUCGUUUGAAAAUGUUGUUGGUUGUAAUUCAUUAGUGCUUCCUGAUGGUAUUGUCAAGUUGGAGAUGGAGGGAUGCGAUCUGUCAAGCUUACCCUGCCUCUCUCACUUGCAACGCGUACAGAAAUGUAGUAUCGGACACAGUAGCAUGGAGUGGUUGUUGCCAAUAAGAGACGACAGCACCAUAACGUCUUUACCCUCAAUACGGAAACUGUCUCUACAAUGGCUUCCGAAUUUGAGGGGUCUGUGUGAGGGAUUCUUGCGACCUGGCUCAUUCUCAUGCCUCAAAAUCAUGCGUGUCAUCGGAUGCCAAGUAUUGGAGAAUCUCAUGUCACUUGAAUUGUUUCAGCACCUCCAAUGCCUCGAAUACAUUCAUAUUCAAGCAUGCAGUAAGAUGGAGGAGGUGAUAAAAGGAGGAGAAGAAGCUAUGGUUGAAGAAGAAGGUGAUAACAAUAACAAUAACAAUACCAUCCAACUCCGAAAGUUGAGGAAGUUGAUAUUGAGAAAUUUACGGAAAUUGAAAAGCAUUUGUAAGCAGGUAAUCAUUUGCCCUUCCCUGAAUAGGAUUGUUAUAGAAGGUUGUCCUCGGCUGAAGAAGAUCCCUCUUUCCUUGGACAACUCAUCGUCCGUUAAGAAAGGAGGGAUAGAAGGAAGCAAAGAAUGGUGGGAUGCAUUGGCGUGGGAUGAUCCCAACACCCAAACACUCCUCCAACCUCUUUUUCAUGAAGUUCGUGAAGUGGAAGGACUUGGAAUGAAAAGAAGAGCAGAAGAAAAUUUAGAAGAGGUUGCUUCGACGUCACGGCAGCGGUAAUCUCCUCAUUAGGAUGGACUUUGGAUUUUUAUUUUAUUUUUUAGUAAAUUUGGUAUUUUAAAUUUAAAAUAAGUAUGGUUGAGAAAUGUAUUGUUAGUAAGAAUGGGUUGUGUUCUUCUUCUUCUC